UGUCCGCGCUCGCGCGCAGGGGCGGCCGACGAGACGCCCGAGCGCCCGGCCCCGCCGCCGCGGUCCGGCAGAUCCCCUCUGUAGGGUUCGGUUAGCAGACAGCCUCUUCCAUUGUGAAUCCCCACCCACGGCUCCCUUCCUGGUGGGCUACUGAGCCAUGGCCACGGAGGAGAAGAAGCCCGAGACAGAGGCUGCAAGAGCACAACCCACCCCUUCCUCGUCGGCCACACAGAGUAAGCCUACUCCUGUUAAACCCAACUAUGCUCUAAAAUUCACCCUGGCUGGCCACACCAAAGCGGUGUCCUCUGUGAAAUUCAGCCCGAAUGGAGAAUGGCUGGCAAGUUCGUCUGCUGACAAACUCAUUAAAAUUUGGGGAGCAUAUGAUGGAAAGUUUGAGAAAACCAUAUCUGGUCACAAGCUGGGAAUAUCUGACGUAGCCUGGUCAUCUGAUUCUAACCUCCUUGUGUCUGCUUCUGAUGAUAAAACCUUGAAGAUAUGGGAUGUGAGCUCGGGAAAGUGUCUGAAGACCCUGAAGGGACACAGCAACUAUGUCUUCUGCUGCAACUUCAACCCACAGUCCAACCUCAUCGUCUCAGGGUCUUUUGAUGAAAGUGUGAGGAUAUGGGAUGUGAAGACAGGGAAGUGCCUCAAAACUCUGCCUGCUCAUUCGGAUCCAGUCUCAGCUGUUCAUUUUAAUCGGGAUGGAUCCUUGAUAGUUUCGAGUAGCUACGAUGGUCUCUGCCGCAUCUGGGACACCGCCUCAGGCCAGUGUCUGAAGACGCUCAUUGAUGACGAUAAUCCUCCCGUGUCGUUUGUGAAGUUCUCCCCAAAUGGCAAGUACAUCCUGGCAGCAACCUUGGACAACACGCUGAAACUCUGGGACUACAGCAAGGGGAAGUGCCUGAAGACAUACACUGGUCACAAGAAUGAGAAAUACUGCAUAUUUGCCAAUUUCUCCGUGACUGGCGGGAAGUGGAUUGUGUCUGGCUCUGAAGAUAACUUGGUGUACAUCUGGAACCUGCAGACGAAGGAGAUUGUUCAGAAGCUGCAGGGCCACACAGAUGUUGUGAUCUCAACGGCUUGUCACCCGACAGAAAACAUCAUUGCCUCAGCCGCAUUAGAGAACGACAAAACGAUUAAACUGUGGAAGAGCGACUGCUAAGUCCCUGGUGCCACGUGAGAGACUCUCGGGUCCAGAAGAUCCGGAUUGGCAAGAAACGUGCGUGUGGCAGGAGCGUCCAGGUUGGCCUGGUGGACAGGCCUGAGUUCGUCUCCUCUGAAGACGUUGGCUGAGGGGAAGUGGGUGCCACCGGAAGGUUCUUACAGUCGCUGUGACAUUUCUUGCCAAUUCCUCUGUCCCUGUCCAGGGAGAAGUACCUGGUCUACUCUGUGCUCAGAGGCAACACAAAUUUUUAAUUUUUUAUUACAAAAGAGUGACGUUCAA